AUGACUCGGAAGACAGAGCAGCUUUUAGAAAUUUGUAUUUUAAAACUGGAGAAAGUUAGAAUUUUGGAGUUUAUGAUUGUGGAAGCGAGGAUAAGUUUCUGUGUAUUUGAAUAAGUACAAUUGGUAGUUAAAAUUUGGAGAAAUUGAUACGUAUAUUUGAAAUAUUGAGUUGUUUUAAUUAUGUGAAAAAAUUUGAAAUAUUUAAAUAAUCAAAAUCACCAACUGACAAAAAUUUCAAUGACCUCUAUAAUAUUACUGGAGUGAUAUAAUAUCACUGAUAUUUAAAUUGAAGGGAACAAUAUUAGGGCUAUGUAGUUUAUAGAUCAAGUCUGGCAUAACUAAGAGACGGCUAUUUCAAAGCGAAAUGUGGAAGCACGAAAAUGUAUCUACAAUCCUGGACAAAAUAUAUGGCAGAAUUUUCAUUCUAUUUCCCUUCCCCCAAUCCCCCAAUAUCAAUGUUGUUUGCGCCAAUACACUUGUUUUUCCCUGACAUUUAACCGAAAAACAGAACUUCGUUUAUAAAGUUCUGUAAUCUUUAUAUGAUUGCUAUACCCAGUAAAUAUAACCAGAACUUUGUAUUUGUUUUGAACAGAACUUGGUAAAGUGCUCGUGGUCACCUGACGGGAAAAUGAUUGCUGCUGGAUCGGCUGACAGGUAAUUUUAUCUGGAGCUGGUUGUACGAAGGUCGGAUAGCUUGAAAAACUGUGAAACUUAAACUACGGAUAUAGACGACACAAGAAAUAUAAAAAACAUUUUAACUUAUAAAUACUAAACUUUAAUACGAGUUAUACCAAAAAACGACUGAUUUAAGAAAGCUUGAAAAAAUCACUACAUCUACAUAUGUUGAGUCGGUAAAAUCCAUUACGGACAUCGGCACCAGCUAUUUACACUAAGAUAUUAAAAUUACUUGUUAUCAACAUUAAAACAGACAUUAAAAAAUCAUUAAGGUUCGAUUUAAAAAGUUCUACAGAGUCCGAAAGAACUACAUUUUCAGGCAAUUCGUUCCAUUCCUUUAUUGUUUUACGGAAAUACGAAAAUUUGUAAACAUUUUUUUUGAUCCUCGGGACUCUGAAUUUAAAAGAAUGGCUACCGUGUUUCAGUGUGGGGAAUCAGAUGAUCUUCCAAAUUCACUAUCCGGCCUUCGUACAACCGAUCCCGUACCAGUGUAGACAAUGUAGUUCGUGUCAAUAAUAUCAAAACUUUCAUUGGUAGGCAUGCAACUGCCUGAAAAAUACAAGGAGAACUUCGACGUUUCGAGCGAAGAAUUUCUCCAAAAAUUUGUAUUGUAGUUUUAUACAGUGUUGACCCCCAUGUCCCAAAAGGUAAUCGAGACUUCUGUUUCGUCUGACUAACCCAUUGAGUGCUCUCCCCUAACCUUGACAAAUAAAAAUCGUCUGGCGUUAGAGAGGGUAAAAUAAUAAAGUAGGGCGUAAUGCAACCUAGUGGGUAAAGGCUGAUUUCCACUGUUGCGUUUUUCAUACGUACGUAUACGCACGUAAAACUUUAAAUCAGUUACUUAUGAAAUGUUACUUAUGAAACAACCAAAUAAAUAAAGCAACAAGCCUGAUUUAGUGUUCUGGAAGUGUUAGUAUGCAUUUGUUAACUUAUUUGUAAAAUAUUUAAAAAAUAGAAGGAUUCAAAGUUUUACGUGCAUGUACGCGCGUACGAAAAACGCAACAGUGGAAAUCAGCCUUUAGAGAAGUGUGCGUAUUAGGGAGGUGUCUGUAUGAGAGAGGUGCCUUUAUUAGAGAGAUGUCUGUAGACAUUUGACUGUACUUUUAAUCUUUAUAUAUGUUUAGGUUUGUUUAUGUGUGGGACACUCAAUCACGAAGGAUUUUGUACAAGUUACCAGGUCAUGAUGGCUCUGUCAAUGAUGUUGAUUUUCAUCCAAAGGAACCAAUACGUAAGUUUGUUACUUUGACUGUCCGACCGACACAACCAACCUACUGUCUGGUCGACAUACAUUACCGACCAACAUGACCGACCGACCCACCGACCAACAUGACCGACCGACCCACCGACCGACCGACCGACCGACCCACCCACUGACUGAUGACGGUCCGACAUGACUGACCGACCAACUGACUGGUAGUCCAACCAACUCACCCACUGAUAGGCCGACCGACAUGACCGACCAACCCACCUGACUGAAAGUCCAACCGAGCAACCCAGUGAACCCACUGAUAAUCUAACCGACCAACCCACUGGCAAUUCAACCAACCUUUCCCACCAUCACAUUGCUAGCUGACCAACAAUGUUCAUUUGUAUUUGUUCUAGUGUUAUCCGUUGGCAGUGAUAGAAAAAUCUAUCUUGGAGAAUUACACUUGAGAUGA